GGAUUCUCCCUCUACGGAAAUCCGAAGUAGGGCCGGAGAUGGAUUAUUAUUAAAAAUAGCGGUCAAUCGUUCUAAUUUCUGGAAACAAAUCCUACAUUCGCGAUCCUUCAGCACAGUCAAAUUGGCGAAGUUAUCCUCAAUUCAUGGCCAAUAAUAAUUCACCGGCAACAUUUACAAGAAGAUUGCUACUUUCUAAGACCAAAGAUAUAGAAAAACGAAGGCAAAGAACAGGCAGAGAGAGAGAGAGAUGGCAGAAAUGGAAGACGAAGUGAUCGCCAAUAACAAGCAGGUGAUAUUGAAAGACUACGUGAAGGGUUUUCCACAGGAAUCCGACUUGCCGUUGGUAAGCUCCACCGUGAAGCUCAAAAUCCCCGGCGACUGCCACGACGCCGUACUGGUCAGGAACCUCUACUUGUCCUGCGACCCUUACAUGCGUAACCUUAUGAACAUGAUCGAAUCGGACGACCCAAACAUGUACUCCCCCGGCUCUCCUAUUAGGGGGUAUGGAGUGUCAAGAGUAGUGGAUUCUUCUCACUCCAACUUUAAGAAGGGUGACCUGAUUUGGGGUCUCACGGGCUGGGAGGAGUAUAGCCUUAUUAGAAAUCCAAGCAGCUCUUUUAAAAUUCCAGAUGCAACUGUGCCUCUCUCCUACUAUACUGGAAUUCUUGGUAUGCCGGGCAUGACUGCUUAUGCUGGUUUUUAUGAGAUCUGCUCCCCGAAAAAGGGAGAAUAUGUCUUCAUUUCAGCAGCAUCUGGAGCUGUUGGUCAACUGGUCGGGCAGUUUGCAAAGUUGUUGGGUUGUUACGUUGUUGGAAGUGCCGGGUCCAAAGACAAGAUUGAACUCUUGAAGAACAAGUUUGGGUUUGAUGAUGCUUUUAACUAUAAAGAGGAGAAAGAUCUGAAUGCCACUUUAAAAAGGUACUUUCCGGAAGGCAUUGAUAUCUACUUUGAGAACGUUGGGGGAAAGAUGCUUGAUGCUGUGCUCCUCAACAUGAGACUCCAUGGACGAAUAGCAGUGUGUGGUAUGAUAUCUCAAUACAACCUCGACCAACCAGAAGGCGUGCACAACUUGUUUACACUUGUGAGCAAACGAGUACGCAUGCAAGGAUUUGUUGUCGUUGACUACUACCAUCUCUACCAUAAGUACCUUGACAUGAUCCUUCCAUUAAUCAAGGAAGGAAAGAUCACUUACGUGGAGGAUAUAGCCCAAGGCCUCGAGAGUGGGCCUCGUGCACUUGUUGGGCUUUUUUCGGGCCGUAAUGUUGGGAAACAGGUUGUGGCCUUAGCGCGUGCCGAUGACGUGUAGUGUUUGUGUUUGUUCUCAUGUGUUGAAGAAGCUAGAGGGAACUGUCCUGUCUUGUUUGUUUUUUAAAAAUAAAAAAAAAUAAUAAUAAUAAUGGUAUAAAAAGCACUGUUACAUAUACUAAGGUGUGUUUGUAUAUAAAAUAAGUUAAUUCAUAUUUAAAAUUUAAUUCAAC